GCUGCCCCUUCCUCUCCUUUUCCCAUCCAGACCCGAUCAGGCUGGCGGCUGGUAGGUUCUCGCCGGCACCCGGUUGAGCAGAUCCUCCGUUGUAGGUUGCAGCAGCUCCACCAUCGCUACAGGUUGCAGCAGCUCCACCGCCGUUGUAGGUUAUAGCAGCUCGGCGCCAUCUCCAACAGCAGGCGGUUGCUCCACUAGCCCCUCCUCCAUGGCUUCACCGGUGAGCAAGGGGUCCGCGGCUGCCUCUACUGCUGCAAGUUCUCAUACUCUCAAAAGAAAUUCAGAUGACAUGGGGUGGGAGUUGGCAGCCUUGAUCAAUCAUUUAGAUUUACAACGAGUGAAGUGCAAGUUGUGUGGAAAGGAAAUGGGUGGAGGUGUCAAUCGGAUGAAGCAACAUAUUGGGCAUGUAAAGGGACAAGUGACAAGUUGCAAUGUAGCCACACCAGAUAUACAAAAAAGGUGUAAGGAGGCUUAUGAGGCACCACAAAAGAAGAAGAAGCUGAAAGAAAAACAUGAGGAAGAAGUACGAGCUGAGGUUGUCAUUCAAGCUGAUAAUGAUGAAAACAACGAGGAAGAAUUGGAGAAGGUGAACGUCGCAAGUCAGGGCCUAUUGAUAAAUAUGUGAUGCCAAUUGAUCCUUCCAUCCCAUUGAAUAAGUUCCAACAGAACAUAAAUGAUGCAAUUGACAAGGAGAAAGCUUAUAGAGUAGGACAAUAUUUGGCUAAAUGGAUGUACAAGAAAAAUGUUCCUUUCAAUGCUGUAAAUGAUGAUGACUUCAAGCAGUUUUGUGAAGCCCUUGGUCAGUUUGGUCCUAAUUGGAAGCCACCUCCCCAAUAUAUGCUCCGAGAGAAGAUGUUGCUGCAAGAGGUGGAAAGAAUGAAGGAUUUGAUGAAACCACAUGAGCUUGAGAGGGUGGAAACCGGGUGCUCAUGACCGAUGCUUGGACCGACAAGAAAAGAAGAAGUAUAAUGAAUUUGUGUGUGCAUUGCAAGUUAGGGACUGCCUUUCUUCAAUCAAAGGAGGCAUCGUCUGAUGCACACACAAGUCUAUACAUCUUCAAUUAUGUAGUCGAGUGCAUUGAGACAAUUGGUGCUGAAAAUGUUGUGCAAGUGGUGAUGGACAAUGCUUCCAACAACAUGGGAGCAAAGGAGAUUCUCAAAGAGAAAUGGCCAAAAAUCUUUUGGAGCUCAUGUGCAACUCACACCCUUAAUUUGAUGGUAGAAGCAAUUGGGAAGCUAAAGUAAUUUGGUUCUACAAUCACUAAAGCUAAAGCUAAGCAAAUGACAAUUUUUAUUUAUUCACAUCAUAAAACCUUGUCCUUGAUGAGGUCUUUCACCAAAAAAUAGACAUUGUUAGAACGGGGGUGACACGAUUUGCUUCAGCAUUUCUUACAUUGCAAAGCUUGGAUUCUAAAAAGAAAGAACUAAGGGCAAUGGUUUGUAGUGAUGAAUAGGAAGCGUGCAAGCACACAAAAAAGAUGAAAGGAAAGGCAGCUCAUGCCACAAUAAUGAGUAGGGGCUUUUGGAAAAAUGUUUCUCUUUGCAUCAAGGUAUGUUUAUGGGGGUUGUUUUCAUCUAGUCAUAUGUUGGGUUUGUUUUCUCAUAGUUAUGUGACUCAUUUGAUUAUUGAUGUUACCUUGCAAAGUUUUUGAGCCAUUGGUGAAGGUGCUUCGGUUGGCUGAUGCUGAUGGUCCGUCUAUGGCCUCUAUGUAUGGAGAACUAAUAACUGCAAAAAAGGAUAUCAAGAUGUAGAGGUAGUGGUUGCACUUAUGGACGUCAUGGAGACUUUUUAUCAUGAUGAUGGCAUCAAACAAAAUAAGGUGUUUAACAGUGACUUCACCAAGUUUAAAAAGAAAGAGGGUAUGUUCGGGAAGGUGGCUUCCCUGAAAGCAAAGGAGAACGACAAUUUCGAUGUCGCUGAUUGGUGGUAAACUUAUGGAUUACAAACUCCUACUUUGCAACACAUGGCCAUAAGGAUACUCAACUUGACCACAAGUUCAUCCAGAUGUGAACGAAAUUGGAGCACUUUUGAAAUGGUAGAUGCAAAGAGGAGAAAUAAACUAGAUGUGGCUCGUAGGGACAAUCUAGUUUAUAUCCAAUUCAAUGGAAGGAUGAUUGACAAAAGAAAGAAAUUAUCCUCUUCUAGUGAUGUUCUUCUUGGUGAAGAUGCAUCACGAGCACAAGAUUGGAUAUGUGAAGAUGCAUACAUUGGUGAGGAGAUUGAACCCACUACAGGGAUGCCAUACAACAUCAUUGAUGAAGCAAUGGGGACAAGUGAACCUAUGGAGCCUCGUAGGAGUGCAAGAGUUAGAGGACUCCAUGAAGUUGAAGAAUUCGUUGAUGAUGAUGAUGAAUUUGAUCAUGGAAUAAAUAUGGAGGAUGAUGAUAUUGAUUAUGAGUCCGAUGAUGAUGGGGUGAUGGCAACCAAAGAUGAGGAGGAGGAGGAGCCCCAACAACCUUGAGCGAGUUGUCACAAACAUAUUUUGCUUGCUAUUUGUGUGGCUGAACCUUAUGUCCUUGAUCCUUAUUAUCUUAAUCCUUCUAUGUAGUGGCUGAACCUUGUUAGGAUGUUACUUAUUUGUCUAUCUCUAUCUAUGUGGUUGAACUUAUCUGGACCUUGUUACCUAUUCAUCUUGUGAACCUUAUUAUGAAUAUGAAAUAUAUUCGGUAUUCUCAAA